UCCGGGCUGCUGGGCCCCCGGGGAUCACUCUUAAGCAGCGCGCUAGAACGGGAAUCUGGAAGACAGGCAGCUCUUCAAUUAAUUCAAGGAUUCAAAACUCUUGAAUCAGUGGACGCCAUGCAUAGGAAGCACCUUCAGGAGAUUCCGGACCAGAGUAGCAACGUCACCACCAGCUUCACGUGGGGAUGGGAUUCCAGCAAGACUUCUGAACUGCUAUCAGGCAUGGGUGUCUCUGCCUUGGAGAAGGAAGAGGUGGACAGUGAGAACAUCCCACAUGGACUGCUCUCAAACCUCGUCCACCCCCAGAGCCCUCCAAGGAAACGACUAAAGAGCAAAGGGAGUGACAAAGACUUUGUGAUCAUCCGGCGGCCUAAGCUCAAUCGAGAGAACUUUCCAGGUGUUUCCUGGGACUCCCUUCCAGAUGAGCUGCUCCUUGGGAUCUUUUCUUGUCUGUGCCUCCCUGAACUGCUGAGAGUGUCUGGAGUUUGCAAGAGGUGGUACCGCCUCUCGCUCGAUGAGUCUCUCUGGCAGUCCCUAGAUCUCGCCGGGAAAAAUCUGCACCCAGAUGUGACUGUGCGCUUGCUCUCCCGAGGGGUGGUCGCCUUCCGCUGCCCGCGGUCGUUCAUGGAGCAGCCGCUGAGUGAAAGCUUCAGCUCUUUCCGUGUACAGCACAUGGACCUGUCGAACUCAGUUAUAAAUGUGUCAAACCUCCACAGGAUUCUGUCUGAGUGCUCCAAGCUGCAGAAUCUAAGCCUGGAAGGCCUGCAGCUUUCAGAUCCCGUUGUCAAUACUCUUGCACAGAAUACAGCCUUGGUGCGACUAAACCUCUGUGGUUGCUCUGGAUUUUCUGAGUCUGCCGUGGCGACUCUGCUAAGCAGCUGUUCCAGACUGGAUGAACUAAACCUCUCCUGGUGCUUUGACUUUACUGAAAAGCAUGUGCAGUCGGCUGUGGCACAUUUACCAGACAGCAUCACCCAGCUGAACCUCAGUGGCUACCGAAAGAACCUCCAGAAAACAGAUCUUUGUACCAUAAUUAAACGAUGCCCCAACCUCGUCCGCCUCGACUUAAGUGACAGUAUCAUGCUAAAGAAUGACUGCUUUCCAGAAUUUUUUCAACUCAACUACCUCCAACACCUCUCGCUCAGCCGGUGCUAUGAUAUAAUACCUGAAACUCUACUUGAACUUGGAGAAAUCCCCACACUAAAAACACUACAAGUUUUUGGAAUCGUGCCAGACGGUACCCUUCAGCUGCUGAGAGAAGCCCUUCCUCGGCUGCAGAUUAACUGUGCCUAUUUCACCUCCAUUGCAAGGCCAACUAUGGACAACAAGAAGAACCCGGAGAUUUGGGGUAUCAAGUGCCGACUGACUCUACAAAAGCCCAGUUGUUUAUGAAGUGCUUACUGCGGGGCAGUGUCUCCUCUUCCUCUGGAAGGAGGAACACAGACAGCAGAGCCACUUGUCAGAGACCUUGGUUACUCAACUGGUUUUGCCUUAGCCUUCACUUUACAUGUGUGUUAGGGAACCAUUUUCGAGGGACAGCCACUGAAGUGUUACUUUUUCAAAAAAUAUAGAGACAAUUCUGUCAGUGCUGUGCCCUUAGGGCCUAAGUGUUAGGUCUUUGGAAAUUUUAGGUGAGCCUAUUAUUUCAAAAUGCUUUUUUAAAGCAAAAUUUGAGCCAACCUCUUCCAAGUGUCCUUCUGAUUAAGUCUAUUUAGGAUCGAGUUUUAAAAAUUACCCCUGGCUAACAAUCUUCAUGGUGUUUGUCAUAAUAACUUUUUAUCUAUUUAAUUAUUCAGUAUUUUAUAAAACUUGACUUUGAAGAAUAAGCUAUAUGUAUGGUGAGCUGGACGGAAGCAGCUGAGGCUGGCAGCAUUUGAGGUGGUCUUUUCUGGGAAUAACACAUUUCAACUUUGUGCAGGUAUGAAGUUAGUGUAACAGAAGCACAGUCCUGCAUGGUGUGCCUUAAACUCUAAAUGAGAGAAAAAAAGAAAAAGAAAGACACAGAAAGACACAUAGCCAGAGCAGGAGGAUAGGAUUUGAAACCUCAAAGGCUUUUUGCUAAAACCAGGUUAAUAUGAAGUAUCCUUUAAUGUUUUUAGGAACUAUGCUGUUUCCAGAAUCUUAAAUUAGGUAAGGAAAUCUACUUGCGUGCUUUUUAAACUGUAUAAUCGCUGUAUGUUACAAUAUAUGUGGGUUGUUUAGCUUUUUAAAAUUACUUGCUUUGUUUUAGGAAUGUGAUAUUAUUCUGGUCAGCAUUCUGAGGUCAGACAGAAUCCCGAGCUGAUUGGGUGUGCAGGUCCUUCCUUUAGUACUGCAGUUAUUUUUAUGUUACUCUGAGACCAAGGACUUGAAAUUCUUUUAAGUGAUCUUAUACAGUAAUUGCUUGAAACUGCCCAUUAGGUUACUGGGCCUGAAGUUGUUGGGUAAAACUGAUUUCCCACGGGAAGCAUGGGCACGUGCAGCUACAGAGCAGGCGGCACGGCUUGAACUUCAGCCGAGUGUUUAAGAAUCACUGGGCAUUAAACCUUCUGAUAAGAGAUGUGCUUCUUAACACUUGAUACAGAGAAGCAAAAGGAUCAAAUUGUGUUUCUUAGAAAAUGAAAAACACAAUUAAGGCAGUAACCUCUUUUAUUCGAGUAUUUCAGACUACAAUCCAUUUCUAUUACCCUCUUCAUCAAAACCUUUGAGUUAAUGACAUGAGGUGCCUUCAUCUGCUUAGACCUAAGAACGUUUUAAGUGUCACACAAGAAUGGUCAUGCUUCAAGUCCCUAGUAGUUAAAAGAGUGCUAACUACUACUUGAAACUAUUGUUUACACAUUCGUGAUGGGCUGACGGCAGACUCUGGUUGGACUCUGCCCUCCAGGCGCCCUCAGACAUAACAGUACCUGUUCUUCCUUACGCAAGUCCAGCUGUGAGCUAUUUUUGCCAACAUGUCGCAGUAAUCUGUACUUUUGUAUGUGAUUUCUACUUUUAUAGACCAAUUUUUAAAAUAAAGUACAUUUUUAUAA